UGAAAAAGGAAAGCAGGAUGGAGAGGUGGGUGGCGAUCUAUCCUAACGUUGAAGAUAAUAAGAAGGAAAACAACGGACAUAGUUUUUUGUUUUGUCCCAUCUUUCUUUAUUAUCCUCUCAAUGGCGGAUAACACGAGAGCUGUCCAAAUCCAAAGGCUUGUGUUCACUGCCCCUCUCUAGCGUUUUCCUCAUUCUUUCUUGUUCUUUUGCUUCGGAUUCAAGUCAGAUAAUAUGGUGGCUGCUGCUAUGGCCUCUGCUUCUGGUUCUGCUCCUUGUUUCACUGAUGCUCGCGUUAUCAGACAAGAUGCUGGAGCUUUCUGUCUUGCUCCUAGGACAGUCACGUUCGGUGGAUUCGUCGAUAAAUCUAUUACCAAUCUCAACAGACUAAGGUUAUCUGGUUUGAAGACUAAAGCAUCAAAUGCUACUGCUGUUGAGAAUGCAAAUGCGGCUGAUUCUGACAAAGUUCCAACACCAGUGGUCAUAAUCGACCAAGAUUCUGACGCUGAUGCCACCCUCGUUGAAGUUACAUUCGGAGACCGUCUUGGAGCUCUACUUGACACUAUGAAUGCGCUCAAGAACUUGGGUUUGAAUGUCGUCAAGGCUAAUGUCUACCUAGACUCUUCCGGCAAGCACAACAAAUUUGCCAUUACUAAAGCGGAUAGUGGAAGAAAAGUAGAAGACCCUGAACUGCUUGAGGCCAUCCGUCUCACUGUCAUCAACAACAUGCUUGAGUUUCAUCCUGAAUCAAGUUCUCAAUUGGCAAUGGGUGCAGCUUUUGGUGUUCUUCCACCAACUGAACUGGUUGAUGUGGACAUUGCAACACACUUAAGCAUUGAAGAUGAUGGACCUGACCGCAGUUUACUAUACAUAGAAACAGCAGAUAGGCCUGGGCUGUUAGUUGAGCUGGUGAAAAUCAUUUCUGAUAUCAGCGUCGCUGUCGAAUCUGGAGAAUUUGACACCGAGGGUUUGUUGGCUAAGGUAAAGUUCCACGUAAGUUACAGAAACAAAGCUUUAAUCAAGCCUCUCCAGCAGGUUACUGCUAAUAGUCUGAGGUAUUUCUUGAGGCGUCCAUCAACUGACGAGUCAAGUUUCUGAUCUAUUUACCAAAAAAAAAAAUGAAGUCACAUUCCAUAUGACUGUUUUUUUACCACUUCUUUUUUUUUUUUUUACAUUUUGACAAAAAUAAGCUGCUUCUUUUUAGUGGCCUUUAUCUCAUACAUCUGUAGUAGCAACAUUCUCUGUUUCAAUCAUUUAUCAAAUUUACUUUUCAUU